CCUCCUUACCCCUUCCGGCCUGCCCUUGUGCCCAGCCCCAGCCGCACUUCCCCGUUCCUUUCCUUUCUGACAGGUCUAGUCUCGCGCUCUGGCGGGGUGCGAGUCCGAGAGCCUCCCCGAACGCUGAGGAGGGAAUGUGGCGCGCGCGGGAAGGGGCCGGCCGCAGCAUCCGGGCCGGCGCUGUCUCCCGCCUCCCUUUCCCUGGCCCCGGGCAUGGAGGCCCCGGAGGCGGCACCGGCUCAGGCUGAGGGCGCGGAGCCGGCGCCCUGGGCGCACCUAGAGGCCCCUGCCCGCCUCCUGCUGCAGGCGCUGCAGGCGGGGCCCGACGGGGCGCGGCGCGGCUUGGGGGUGCUGCGGGCUCUGAGCGGCCGCGGCGGGGAGCCCUUCGGCUGGGACCGCGUCUUCGAGGCGCUGUGCCGGGAGGAGCCCGUCGUGGAGGGCCCGGACUGUCGCCUGGAGCUGAAACCACUGCUGCUGCGAUUGCCCCCGUUAUGCCAGAGGAACCUGAUGUCCCUGCUGAUGGCUGUUUGGCCGUCGCUGCCUGAAAGCAGUCUCCUCCCUGUGCUGCAGAUUGUGCAGCGGGAUCCAAGCCCCGACCCUGAUCCCUGGCUCCGGGCCCUUGGGGAAUUUCUGCGAAGGGAUCUGGGUGUUGGGGUCUCCAUUGAGGGAGCGUCCCCGCUGUCUAAAAGGUGCCAGAGACAGCUCCGAGGCCUGUGUAGGCAGCUGGGCCAAGGGGGCAGGAAGUUGAAGUUGCCCCAGGCUCCAGAUCCUGAAGGGAAAGAAGAGCAGGAGGAGGUCGAGGACUCCCAGCGGCCUGGGAAACGCAGAAAGGAACGGGAGGAGGAGCCUGCCAGUCCUGAGGGGGGGAGGGCCCCCAAAAGGCUCCGGUGUUUGGAAAAGGAAGAAGAAGAAAGUCAUGAGGAAAAGAGACCUGAACAUGAAACUUUGGAAUCCCUGGCCAGUGGAGGAGGUGCAUCAUCCAUUAAGAACCAGCCUGCUUUGGGGCCUCAGCCCAGUGAGGCUGGUCAGAGUCUAGAGGAUGCUAAGGGCCUACCUGAGAGUUUGGAGUUGCCCAGAGCUAUCCAGGAACAAGUUCCCAGGCUGCAGCAGCUGCUCAAGACCCUCGGGAAGGGGUUGGAAGGGCUGGAGGGCACCCCACCAGUUGAGCUGCAGCUUCUCCACGAAUGCAGUCCUGGCCAGGUGGACCUGGUGUGUGCCCAGCUGCAGCUCCCGCAGCUCUCGGACACAGGUCUCCUGCAGCUCUGCACCUGGUUGCUGGCCCUUUCACCAGACCUCAGCCUCAGCAACGCUACUGUGCUGACCAGGAGCCUCUUCCUUGGACGGAUUAUCUCGCUGACUUCCUCAGCCUCCCGCUUGCUCACAACUGCCCUGACCUCCUUCUGUACUAAGUACACCUACGCCGUCUGCAGAGCCCUCCUUGGACCUGUGCUCCAAGCCCCAGGAACAGGUCCAGCUCAAACAGAGUUACUGUGUUGCCUGACAAAGGACGAGGCCCUGGAGCCGGACAUGCAGGCUCUAAUGCUGGGACAGAUCUUGGAGCUACCCUGGAAGGAAGAGACUUUUUUGGUGUUGCAGUCACUCCUGGAGCGGCAGGUGGAGAUGCCCUCUGAGAAGUUCAGUGUGUUGAUGGAGAAACUCUGUAAAGAGGGGCCAGCAGCCACCACGUCCAUGGCCUAUGCCAAGCUCAUGCUGACAGUGAUAACCAAGUAUCAGGCCAAUAUCAGUGAGCCCCAGAGGCUGGGCCUGGCUGCAGCUCUGGAGCUCAAUACCACUUUCCUGAGGAAGUCCCUGCAGGCCGCCCUGAGACAUCUGGCCCCCUGACCAUCCACCAAGGGACCACCCUCCCGGACCUCCCUCAUCAGAUUCCCGAAGGACACUUCUCUGCCCUGAGCACCUCACCCUGCCCCUUGCCUGGGGGUCAGGGCUGAGCCUGGCCAUCCCAGGGGUCAACUGCCUCCCUGCUCCAGGCUGCAGAGAGGCCAUCUGGGCCUCCCAGCCAGCAGGAAGGGUCUGGGGCUAAGGGGGCUGGGUGAGUUGUAUUACCAAGAGCUGCUGAGCCUGGGCUGCCUCCUUGUCAUUUCUACCUCAGGCUGUGGGGACAGACACUUUAAGAUAGGCAUCAGACUUCCUUGAUGGUCCAGCGGUUAAGACUCCGCACUUCCAUUGCAGGGGACGAGGGUUGGAUUCCUGGUUGGGGGAGUUCCGCAUGCCGUGACAUGUGGCCAAAAUAUAAUAAUAAUAAAUAAAAUAGGAGUUAAGAUAGGCCUCAAUAGGGUCAAAGCAGACCCAGAGUGAACGACAGUGAUGCUCCAGGAGCCCCGGGAGACCUGUAUGCUUGGCACAAAUCUCUUGUGCUCAAGUGUAUGUUAUGAUCCUCUGUGUUGUUUCUGACUUGAAUAAUAAUUUAUCAGUGGUAUUUCAUAAAAAGCAGGAAGUUCAGUAAUGUCUUAUUAGAAGCAGUGCCUGCCUUCCUACUAACUCUGGGUGUUUGCUGAAAACUAACACAUACCACCCCACCCCCACCCUGCUCAGUGACAGGGGCAUCUUUUUCCAAGGGAAAUGUUCUGUGAGGGGAAGGUGGUAGAGUUCUGUGGGCCAGAUCAUGUAUGAUACCACCCACCCCAGCCCUAUCAGAGCUGUCUGUUGAGUAGGUGAGGCUGUGCAUCCUGCACUGGGGAGGGGGGCUUGAGGGUGAGGGUGACUCAGCCUGGGGUUGGGGAAGACUUUUGGGCAGAUGAUGGCCUUUGAGGAGGGAUCUGAAGGGCUCCUGGGAUUACUGUGAGCAGAGAACAGGAUAAGGCCUAUUGGACAGGAAAGGCAGAAAGGGUGUGCAAUACUGUGGGUUUGUGUGUUCUACAACUAUAUUCCCACAGCACUUAGCUAGGCGCCUUGUUCAUAGUAAACACUUAACCUGGGGACUUCCUUGGUGGUCCAGUGGGAAAGACUCAGGGCUCCGAAUGCAGGGGGCCCGGGUUCGAUCCCUGGGCAGGGAACUAGACCCCACAUGCAUGCUGCAACUAAGAGUUCGCAUGCCGCAAAUAAGAUCACACAUGCUGCAACUAAACAUGCCACAACGAAGAUCCAGCGCAGCCAAAAUAAAUAUUAAAACAAACAAAAAGAUACUUAUCCUGUAGAUGUUACUGAGUCAACUAUCAGGUGAAAGUUCAUCACAGAACCUUACCCGCUCCUCCCCACCGCAGGCUCUGAGGCGCCAGGAAGAGAAUUCGACAUUUCCCUUCCCACAACUUCCUCAGAAGCCGUGAGCCCCCGUUAGAACCAGAUGAUGAGGGAGAGAGGUCAGGAGCAAAGCCUGCUUUUGAGAAGUGAAGCAGGUGCUAAGGUCAGGAGGAAGCGGCGCAGGAGGUUUAAGGGACAAACAUGUCGGAAUUGCACGCUCUCAGCGGCCGGCACGGGGCGGCGCCCACGGGUGUGACUACCGCAGCUCACCGGCCUGGGCCCAGCCUCUUCCCUAAGGGCCUGGGGCAGCAGCUGGUGGCCACGGGCGCCCGAGACCGCCGCAGCUCAGGUGGUCUCCGCGCAGGUCUAGCGGUGCAACACGCGGCGGCCGCGGCGCCCCACCCCCGGCACUGAGCGACCCGACUGCUCUCAAGCGGGAAGCCGCGGGAACAAGGCAUCUCUCGCGAUAACCAGGUCCUAUUUGAGCGCAUGCGCGAACUGAAGUUGUCUCUUUUCCGGUUCUCGCGGCGCCAGGGACUAUGAGCAGCAAAGUCUCCCGAGACACCCUCUACGAGGCGGUGCGGGAAGUCCUGCACGGGAACCAGCGCAAGCGCCGGAAGUUUUUGGAGACGGUGGAGCUUCAGAUAAGCCUGAAGAACUAUGACCCUCAGAAGGACAAACGCUUCUCGGGCACCGUCAGGUUGGCACCGUUCUAAUCCCACCCAGCCCUCAGUGUCCCCAUGCCUGUCUCCUCCCUUUAGGCUCUUGUUGAGCCCGAGGCGGCCAGGCACGUGCGGCACUGAAGUGCCCGGGUAGUUCAGACCCCCUGCUCCGGGCAGGCGUGGCUGGACGGACCCCCACCCUGGGUCUUAAAACAAGAGGGGAGGCGUGGGGAGGCCUUGGCUGAGCCCGCCGGCUAGUUUGAGAAGCCAGACUAGCUGUUGGUGAAUGCGGACGCUCUGGGUAAGGCUCAGUGCUGCAGCGGUCCCAGACCCCUUCACCUGCACUUGGGACCCAGGGCUGGGUGUGACCUAUACUGUCCCCCAAAAUGCAGGCUUAAGUCCACUCCCCGCCCCAAGUUUUCCGUGUGUGUUCUGGGGGACCAGCAGCAUUGUGAUGAGGCCAAGGCUGUGGAUAUCCCCCACAUGGACAUCGAGGCUCUGAAGAAACUCAACAAGAAUAAGAAACUGGUCAAGAAGCUGGGUGAGUGUGCCUGGUGUGGUUCUUACCCGCCCACCCACCAUGGUGUGGUUUUGUAUGCGGGGUAGGGUGGAGGCAGUUCUCACUGGAGUGGUAGAACAGGGGUAUUUCUGCCAUUUGGAUUUUAAAGUGAUGAGGGGGUAGAGUCAUGACAGAAAGGAUCUGCUGUGGUUGGUUAACUUGAGUGGUAUUUUUUACCCACGUGAAAAUUCUGUUUUGCUUUGAGGACUGGAUUUAAUAAGGGAAGAAGGCCAGGCAGUGGUUCUUUUCUAAGCAGGCGAGAACUGUCACAUUGAUAGGUCAGGUGUUGGUACAUUCUGAAUUGAAAUUUCUACUUAAAGCUCCCACUAUUUCAUUUUAACGUUUAGGUUAUGUGAUUUGAGCAUUUUACAGAUAAAUAGGUUCCCCAGUUGUCGUGUAGCUAAAAAGGCAGGAUUUGAAACCAGGCAGUCUUAACUAGCGUGAGCAUUUUCCAUUGCAAGAUGGGUUGUGAGUCAGCCUGGACUCCUGCUACCGGGUUUCAUGUGAAUGUUGGGCCAGUAAAAGUGCAGAGGAUGGAGAUAAUACUGGAACAGGGAGAGGAUUAAAAAGACUCGGUAGCUGGGGAAGGGGUAGAGUGCUGGUUAGAGGCCACUUCUGCGGUUGUCUCAUAGCCUUGUUUAGAGGUGUCUUCAGGGGCCAGGUCCUAACGGCUUCCUCCCUUUACCAGCCAAGAAGUAUGAUGCCUUUUUGGCUUCAGAGUCUCUGAUCAAGCAGAUCCCACGAAUCCUGGGCCCAGGCCUGAAUAAGGCCGGCAAGUUCCCUUCCUUGCUGACCCACAAUGAGAACAUGGUGGCCAAAGUUGAUGAA